AAAGUUGGAACUUGGAACAAGCGGGAGACGCGCACACACGCAGAGGAAAAUAAGUUAGUAAUGGAGACGAAGAGUGAAGCGGAAGGAGCGGUUGAAUUUGAUCCAGCCGAGAUAGAGUACGUGAGCUAUGGAGGUGAACACCACCUCCCGCUUAUCAUGCGCUUGGUUGACCAGGAGCUCAGUGAGCCUUACUCCAUUUUCACUUACAGAUACUUCGUCUAUCUCUGGCCUCACCUCUCCUUCCUGGCUUUCCACAAAGGUGAUUGUAUAGGAACCGUGGUUUGUAAGAUGGGGGAGCAUCGGAAUACUUUCCGAGGUUACAUUGCAAUGCUCGUUGUAAUCAAACCUUACAGAGGGAAAGGCAUAGCAACAGAACUUGUGACUAGAUCUAUUCAAGUGAUGAUGGAAUCAGGAUGUGAAGAGGUGACAUUGGAAGCAGAGGUCACAAACAAGGGAGCUCUUGCAUUAUAUGGUCGUCUUGGGUUUAUUAGAGCUAAAAGGCUCUUCCGUUACUACUUGAAUGGAGUUGAUGCUUUCCGACUAAAAUUAUUGUUCUCCCGCCCACAUACAAACCCUUCCCUGCUUUCGCCAAUCAAUAAUGAUGAAAAUUCUCAAAAUGAUCUCCAGCUGCAGCAGGAAGGAAGUUCUCAAUUCUAUUAGAGCUUCUGAUCCAAGAUUUUGCAGGCACAGAUUUUUCUGACAUCCAUCAGCUUCAGUUGUAAUGACUGAACUCGUUACUUGAAAAAAUAAAAAAUAAAAAGAAAAAGAAAAAAAAGACUGAACUCGUGAAGGGUGAUCUUCAUUUGUAACAUCAUGUUGCAUUUAUGGUGUAAUUCUUUACCAAAUAGUUCAAUCAUUUUUGGAGUACUUUUGGUCUGAUUAGGACCCACAAAAUCAAUUUAGAUUAAUAUGUUUUUGUUAUGAA